AUGGUGACCACAACGGACCGAGAUCAUCAUCACUUGCCGGCGCCGCAAGAGACCACCACGUCUCACCGCGUGGUGUUCCUUAGGCAUGGGGAGUCGACUUGGAAUAGAGACGAUCGACACAUAGGUUGGACAGACGUCCCGCUCACCGAAAAGGGCGAACACGAAGCUCUGCUGGCCGGGCGAGCUUUGCGGAAGGAAGGCUUCGAGUUCGACGUGGUAUUUGCAUCGGUGCUCAAGCGGGUGCUCAAAACGGAGCACAUCGUGAUGGACGAACUCGACCAGCUUUGGGUGCCGGAGAUCAAGGACUACCGACUCAACGAGCGCCACUACGGGGAUUGCAUAGGUAAGACAAAACCGGAGGCGGAGGAGGCUUUCGGCAAGGAGAAUGUGGCGCUCUGGGCGUCGAGCUAUGAUGUUGCCCCGCAUCCCAUGAGCACGGACGGGCUUUACUACCCCAAGGACGACCGACGGUACCAACACGUCGUCGACGAAGAUGGAGCCUGCGCGAUACCCCGGACGGAGUGCAUGAAGGAUGUGUCCCGCCGCGUGGUGGGGUACUGGGAGGAGGAGAUAGCGCCGGUCGUGAGGAGCGGGAAGCGCGUGCUAGUAGCGGGCCACGCAAAUAUGCUCAAGACUCUGCUACAGCACCUCGACGGCAUACCCGACGACGUGAUUGUCACGAUGAAGGUUCCUCGCGCAACCCCCAUUGUCUACGACCUCGGCGCAGAUAUGAAACCGUUGCGAUCACCCCUCCCCGACACGCUGUUGAGCGCCGAGCUCCUGUCGGUUGACGGUGCUCCCGCCCGCAUGGCGGCCGCGGACGGAGAAGUGAACGCGUUUUAG